UUCCCAAACCUUAUCCCUACAAAAGUGUUAGCCACAACUAUCUUUUCUGCACCCUUCAUAAGAAACACAAAAGCUUAAACUAAAAGUUAUUUUCUUUUUUAUUUUUUCUUCCAAAUGUGGUGUCUCCAGCUCCAUUAUUCUUCAUUGCUUCCUUGGAAUUCAAAACUCAAACCUUAUCAUCAGAAACUACAACACACUACAAGUCUAUUACGGCUUUAUAGUGUUCCACAAUUGAAGAAUAAUCAACACUUUCUAUUAAGAAGAAAACCCAACAAUAACAUGGCACUUCCACAUUACAUUGUUGUUGCUGCUGCUACUUCCCCACCACCAGAACCCGUUGACAUGUCAGUCUUUCUCCCAGUAAGUGCUCUCCUUCUAUCAUUUUAUUUGAUUACAAAUUUUUUGGUGCCGGAUUUGAUCACGAAGUACUUCGGAUUUGAUGAAACAAAUAAAGAUGAAGAGGAAGACGAAGACAAAGAUAAUAACUAAUAAAAAAGUCACAAAUUAAGAAACAUGUGACAAAUUGACAAUUGAUGAACCUUCAUUCUUUCGUAUUUUUAGUUUAUAUUUGUGUGAUGAUUAAUUAGUGUCAUAUAUAGUUGUUAACUAUUAAUUAAGUCUAAUUUUG